UGUCACAGACGUUAUUCCAUCCAGUUCCAUAUGUAUUGUAGUGUAGUUUGUUGAUAUACUAAUGUUUUGAUUUUAUGUUGUUAUCUUAGACUAAUUUGGAACUUGUUUAACAAUUAGUAUUAUGUAUAUAAUUCUGUAAGUAAAAGGUAUAUUGCUGGUUUUGUAUUAUGGCACCACCUAAAAAAAGAAACCCGCGUGGAAAAUGCUCAAAUCACCACGUACAAAGAGAUUACGCUGAAAGAUUGAACGAUUUAAGCAUACAAUCAUCAUCAGAUGACAGCGACGGUAGCACAUCUUCAGAUGAUGAGGGUAUACCUGCUUCAUUCCCAGUCAGUAUGUGGGACUUGAAUCAUUGUGAUCCUAAAAAGUGUUCAGGCCGGAAACUGUUAAGACAUAACCUCAUCAAGAAUUUAAAACUUGGUCAUCGUUUUUCUGGUAUAGUUUUAUCACCGGUCGGCACUCAGUGUGUCAGCCCAAAUGACAAAGAUAUCGUAGUGAAGAAUGGGCUAGCUGUAAUUGACUGUUCCUGGGCGAAAAUUGAUGAAACACCAUUUGGCAGGAUGAAAUCACCCCACCCAAGGUUGUUGCCAUUUUUAGUAGCAGCAAAUCCCAUAAAUUAUGGUAAACCUUAUCAGUUGAGCUGUGUAGAGGCACUAGCAGCAGCAAUGUUUAUAACGGGACAUAAAAAAGAAGCCCAAUUUUAUCUAUCAAAGUUUUCAUGGGGCCAUUCAUUUCUGGAAUUGAAUUCGGAAGCUUUGGAUAUGUAUGCAGAUUGUUCAGACAGUAAAAGUGUGAUUGAAGCUCAAACCAAGUUUUUGGAAAGUGCUCAGAAGGAACAGGACACAAGGCCAAUGUGGCCACCAAGUGAAUCCGACACUGAGUCUGAUUGCAGUGGACAAUAAAUCUACAGCUAAUUUUAAUAACUAAUUCAACUAACAUAAAUUAUAUAAAUAUCUCAAACUAAUAUAUAGUGAUCUUUGUUUGAAUACCUACUUGUGUAGUUCCAAAAUGUAUAUUAUUUGAUCGAUUUAUGUUAUUAAAAUGAUGUGUUAAAAUA